AAGGAGCUGGGAGAGUGCUGCUGAGUGGUGAAACAGAGAAGUGAGGCAGAAAGAAGAGUUGGAGGGGAUAUUUUUGAGGAACCCAUUCUGACGUCAGAAACAAAAAGGGAGAAGGAGCUGUCUUUAUACGCGUACAAACUGAAACGAUACAGACACACAUUAGAGAAAGGCAGAAAUGUAAAUACCACGAACAUAAACUAUAUUCUGCAUAUCAACAAUCUCACCGAGCAAAGUAUCAUCUUCUGCAAACGGAGCAGCAUCUAGCACAGAGAGUGAACAGAGAAAACCACAGGUUUUUAAAUAGAAGGCUCAAAAAGAGAAGUGUGAAGUGGACGGACAAACACACAGAGAGAGAGAAAGAGGGAGACAGAGUGAGAGCAGAAGUUUACAUCAGCGUCUAAGAAAAGCAGAGUGGCAACCAGUGUCACCGAGGGACUACAGUUAUCGCUCUGAGCCGGGGCAACUGAGGAUUUACUCACAGCAACGGUUUUAGAGAGCAGCGAGGAGGACAGGAGGAAGAGAAGACUGGGGAGAAGAAACUGAGGGAUAAAGAUAAAGGAAGAGGUGACGCACUCAAAGGGAAAGAGGGUCGCCAGCCAUGGGGAACCUCAUUAAGGUCCUUGGCAAGGAUUUAGAGAACUGUCCACAUUUUUUCCUGGACUUUGAAAAUGCCCAGCCCACGGAGGCAGAGACGGCCGUGUGGAACCAGGUCAGCGCUGUGCUGGAGGAGGCUCAUGGGAUCUUGGCCGAGCUGCAGUCCUAUAAUGGCGCGGGCCAGGAGAUACGAGAAGCCAUCCAGAACCCAGGCGACCUCGCUCUGCAGGAGAAGGCCUGGAACGCAGUCUGCCCCCUGGUGGCCAAGCUGAAGAGGUUCUACGAGUUCUCGCUCCGACUGGAGAACGCCUUGCGCAGCCUGCUGGAGGCGCUGACCAGCCCGCCGUACGCUCCCAUGCAGCACCUGGAGAGAGAGCAGGCCUUGGCCAAGCAGUUCGCAGAGAUCCUUCAUUUUACGCUCAGCUUUGAUGAACUAAAGAUGACAAAUCCAGCCAUUCAGAAUGACUUCAGCUACUACAGGAGGACUAUAAGCAGGAACAGGCUGAACAACCAGCAGCUGGAAGCAGAGAAUGAAGUGAACAAUGAAAUGGCCAAUCGGAUGUCUCUGUUCUACGCUGAAGCGACACCGAUGCUGAAGACUCUGAGCAACGCCACCACCAAGUUUGUUUCAGAGAAUAAGACUUUGCCCAUAGAGGACACCACAGACUGCCUGAGCACCAUGGCCUGUGUGUGUCGUGUCAUGCUGGAGACUCCGGAGUACCGCUGUCGGUUCACCAACACAGACACUAUGCUGUUCUGCAUGAGGGUGAUGGUGGGUGUCAUCAUCCUGUAUGACCACGUUCACCCUGUCGGGGCUUUCGCCAAGACCUCCAAAAUUGAUAUGAAGGGCUGCAUCAAGGUGUUGAAAGAGCAACCGUCCAACAGUGUGGAGGGACUUCUGAAUGCACUGAGGUACACAACACGGCAUCUAAAUGAUGACAGCACCUCCAAACAAAUCAGGGCCCUCCUGCAAUGAGAGAAAGGGGAGAGCGACGGGGGACGGGGGGGAGAAAAGAAGGAGGCAAAAGAAGAAGACGACGAGGAAACAAACGCCAGUGGCUGAUAAACCUGUUUGUUUACAACGAACAAAGAAAUUCAUCUCCAGGUUAAGAGCAACCUGAUGAUAAUAAGAAGAGGAAAAUAAUUAUAUAUAUUGUCAGCUGUCCAUCAUUCUGUCUCUCAUUUUGUAAAGUAAGAAAAGAGAAAAAAAAAGCCAGAAAAGAAGAUAUAGAUAUAUAUUAAAAGAAGUGAAACACAAGCAGCAGAUGAACAAUAGGUAGGACUAAAGAGGAAGCUAUAUCGGAAAAAUGUAAGGUCAGAACCGACGCAAACUGAAAAUGUAUGAAAAAAAAGGGUUCAUGUUCCAGCAGUAGUCUGACAAGUAUUUUUGCACACACUUUGAAAACAAUGCCAUCUCCUUUUCCCCUGAAAUCUGAUCCCAAACUGGUUCCCUGAGGCUUUCCUGCGCACCUCCUCACAUUCACAUUCAGCUCAACUGGAGGGGUUUUCAGCUUUUAAAGUUGCAGAAACAGUGGCGAGGCCUCUCUGCCUCCUCCGGCUGCACCGAUCUCCAUCUGCAGGCGAAUCAUGAAGCAAUGUGAUGGAUUCACUCCGGAGAUUUGCUUCCGCCGGUAUCAAUUCUUUUCUACGUCGGUGCAGCUGGAGGAUCAGACGCCUCAUUUUGGCCCUGAUUUCUUCUUCAUUGUCCAUCUUCCCACUCAUCCAUCCAUCCACUGGAGAUGUGGUUUUUCCUUGGCACAAAAGGAGUACAGAUCCACCCAUGUAGUGUGCCCUGACGCUGUACAUGUUUCCAGCACAACAUUUUGUGAUUUUUCUGGCUUUACUUGAACAACGUUUUUCACUCUGUCUGUCUUUUUCUCCAUGGUGCUAAUGUGGUUUAGAUAUCACAGUACUAGCUUGUUAAAUUUAAUUUGGCAAUGCAAGAGAAUAAUAAAAAAGUCAUUUUGUCUUUCUUUUUUUGGCACUGAUUUGUUAAAUCUUAAAUUCUGAGAACUGCACAUCGUUCCCAGCUAUUCUUUGCUUUAACAGUUGUGCAAAAACGGAGACAAACUGAGAUUUCGCAUGACUUGUAAAAAUCCAAGAAAGGCAUUCUAGGAAAACCACAGCACACUUUACUUCUACACCCAGUGCCAAAGCUGAUUGGUUUACGCUCUUGUUACAUCAUCGAACCAGGCUCGGAGGGGUUUGAGGGCAGGGAGUCUUGUAGUCCUGCAACACAUCCCUGAUCAUCUUUUCAGGGACACGUGAAGAUAAGAAACGGCCAGGACGACAUUGACGGCGGUCAGAUUUACACACAUGUGCAUUUUAAAAGAGAUCUGAGUGUCCCGGUGUAAAUAUGUGAGGCUUUUCUCGACAGGCAUCUACAUGGUCCACGUGGGUCCACAAGGAAAAAACACAACCACCACCAACACCUGCAUACAACUAGAGUUCUUUCUUUUAGUACGAGGUUGAUAAAGUCAUUCAAUAAGUGGGAAAUAAAAAUGAAAAUUUAAAAAAAAAAUGUUCAAAAGGAGACUAAAAAGAAGUGCUGUACUUUGGAUGUCUAUAGCCCUUAGUCUAAUUUAAUUUGAUCUUAUAAUAUAUUUUCUAUACAGGGGUAUGUGCACAAGCAUAUUCUGUAUAAAUACAUAGAUGGCAUGUUGUAAAAGUUCUGACAGAAAUGUGUAAAUAAGGUGUUUUUAUUCAUUUUUAAUUGUUCAGUGACGCUGGAAUUGGGUAUGUGUUGUCUCUCAGAAUUACCAUGCGUUUGGCUUGGACCAUCGGACUUGCCGUAGUCAUAGGUUUCAGAAACUCAGCUUCAUUAUGGCGAAUGAACCGGAGGGAGGGGGGAGGGGCAGGGGCUGUCCAUUUGCUUGUUAUUUUGUAUAUUUUGUGCAACAAUAAACUUGUCAUUUAUUACAUUCAA